AUGAGAAAAGGGAUGAAAUUCGUCGGUUUCUUUGUUGCACUCACUAUUGCACUCGCAACCGUUUCCGCAUACCCAAUUGAAAAACGAACCUGUGACGUUGGAAUAAAUGGAAAUGUCGGCUGUGAUAACACCGGCACCGGAAACGUAGGAAACGGCAACGCUGGCAAUAACAAUGUAGGCAAUUAUAAUGGAGCCAAUUCGCCAGGACUCAACAACGGAAAUGACAACGUCGGAAGUGGAAAUGGUGCAGAUGCCGGUGGUGAUAAUAACGGAAACCAUAACAUCGGAAGUAAUAAUGGCGGUCAAGUUGGUGGUAGUGAUAACGGAAACUAUAACAUCGGUAGCACAAAUGGAUUCCAUGAUGGUUUAGGAAAUGCAAAUGACGGAACAUCUGGAAAUCGUAAUGGAAACGCCAACAUUGGUGGUUUGAAUGGCUCGUUUAAUGGAAACGAAAACGGUGGAAGCAAUAAUGGAAAUGAUAGCGGAAACAAUAAUCUUUCGACUUUAAAUGGCAGUUUCGAUGGAAACGGUAAUGGUCCGAAUAGUUCUAACAAUGGUAACCAGAACGGAAACGACAAUGGUCCACAGAAUAUCUGA